CUGACUGAAUUGCUGCGUAUAAUAAUACAGGAAGAAUGCAGAUUUUAAUUUCAGACUGGAAACAUCGAGUGAGAUCAGAUCGUGUAUGGCAUUUUUACCGACGGUUAACUAGGAUCAGAGUACGGUUUAAAAGAUUGCUGAAUCUAGCUUUGUUUCUUUCUGUGUUUAUUUACUUAAACUAUCGAUUUAACAUGCCAGUCUUCCAUGUUUUCCGAAACCAAAAUAUUUUAUCACCUUGCUUGUUACCGUCAUAUGAUCUGUAUGACAGUUCUAUACAACAAUUCUUCUGGAAGCAGCAACCGGUGCCAUGUGAAAAUUGGUUAGAUCUGUUUUAUGUAGAUACACGUGGUUACAUAACAAUGAAUAACACUGCCGUUAAUAUUUCUGGGUAUUCAAAUAUAAGAUGUGAGUAUAGAUAUAUUACACGUGUAUCAGAAAAAGAAAUGAAAUUUUCGGAUAGAUUACUGUAUACCCAUCCAAGCUAUCUUGAUGGAGAUUUUAUUCACAUGGAAUGUUAUGAUAAACAGGGAGAACGUAUGUAUAAUAAUUUACAUCUGAAUAUUGAUACAAAGACCGUUUAUAAGACACGUGUGAUAGCAAACGAGUCAGAAACAGAUCUUAGUGUGUAUAUUGUAGGUAUUGAUUCACUCUCUAGGCUUAUAGCUGAACGGAAAUUAAAAAAGACUAUGGCCUACUUGAAAUCUGAAUUGAAUGCUUACAUUUUACAUGGGUAUACACGUAUUGCAGACAGUUCAUAUCCGAAUAUCAUGCCAAUGUUUACUGGAUUAAAAUCAGGACAAGAAGAUCAAGCAGGAGUAAAUAAUUUGCCAUAUAUAUUUAAAAACUUUUCAAAACGCGGUGCUGUCGAUUUGUUUGCUGAAGACUGGUAUGAAGUUGCUACAUUCAAAGGAUUUGCUGAUCAACCCACACAGCAUUAUAAUCAGCCGUUAAUACAGGCUAUGGAUAUAGUCAGGCCAUCGAAUCUAGCGGUUUCUAUGUCACUGAAGUUUUUACAAAACCACAACAUUCCUUUGACGAAAGUGUCCGCAAUGUGUUUUGGAAAUGUUUACAGAUUCAACGUACAAUUACAGUAUUAUAAACGUUUUAUUGAGGCAUAUCACAGGAAGCGAAAAUUUGCAUAUUGUUGGACGAAUGAAAUCGCUCAUGACUUUUUCAACAUGGUAGAAUUGGCAGAUAACGACUAUUUCGAGCUUUUGAAAUGGAUGAAAGAUACACAUAAGCUUGACAAUGCAAUUUUGAUUGUAAUGUCAGAUCAUGGUCCUAGAUAUAGUGAAAUACAAAAUACCGAAGUAGGACGAAUUUCUAAUCUUCUUCCGCUAAUGUCAAUAGUCAUUCCAAAACACAUAACAUUAAAAUAUCCUCACAUUGACACACAUUUAAAAUCUAACAUUAAUACAUUAACUACUUCUUAUGACGUAUUCGAAAUGCUCAAAGAUGUUUUAAAUGGAAACUUUGAAGGAAAAAACAGUCCAUCUAAUGUUUCGCCACUGCCAAGAGGAAUAAGUCUAUUUCAGAAAAUUCCAUUGUCCCGGAGUUGUCGAGAUGCAGAUAUAUCGGAACAUUACUGUCCAUGUUACUCAUCUAAAUUAAUUUCAAAAGAUGACAAACGCGUGAUUCGCUCUUCAGUUUUUUUAGUGAAACAAAUAAACGCCAUUUUGAAAGAUGUAAUGCAUAAAUGUGCCAAUGUAAUUUUAUCUUCAGUUGUAAAAGCUUCCCUGGUUUAUCCAGAUAUGCAAAGAGACUCAAAAUUAGAAAGGUCUUAUUCACUGCGUAGUUUCCUCUGGACCAUUGAAGAACGGAUGAGAAUUCGAGUCACAUUUUAUACAAACCCUGGUAAUGCCUUAUUUGAAGGAACAGUAGAAUAUGCAAGUGAAAAUAACGUAAAAACUCUCGGCGAUAUUAAUCGUAUUAAUAAAUAUGGAAACCAGUCUGCUUGCAUAAAAAACAUAGAUCGUUUAGAAGAUCGGAGAAAACGUUCUUAUUGUUACUGCAAUUAACUAUAGGCUGGUAUAUUUGCAAACAAUUGUGUUUUUUUAAGUAUUAGUUCAUGAUACAAUAAUAGUUAGACAUUGUGAUAUGUAAUUAAGUUCUUCCAGUGAAGCUUUCUGAUUGAACUUCACAGAAAAAUCUUAUGCAAUUUAAUUCAAUG